CUGUGCCCGGGAGGGCGGAGGGUGUCCCGGAGGCCCUGAAGCAGAAGGUGCAGCAGAGAAUGGACAAGGCCCCUGACAAUGUCUCCACACAAACAGAAACAAGACCAGGAAAGUGCAACAUUCCAGGAGAUCCUGGAGAGGAAUUGGGGGAAGGAAGCGGCGGCCGGAGGCUUUGGAGCUCGGCCCCCAAGAACAGAUGUUGAGAGCUUUUUUGAGGACGUCAUUGAGUGUCUCUGGGACAUAAUGAGCAGAGAGGAACUGCUACUCCUGCUGACUAAAGUCCUGAAGAGAAUGGAGACUAAGGCCGUUUUGUCCAGGGAAGACUCAGAUGCACUGCGUCAAUAUCUGAGUGAGCUGAAACCAGACUUGGCCGUGGAGCACCAAGUCACGCUCCAAAAAGACCAGCUGGACAGGAAGAGGUUUUUGAACAGGUUUCCUCGGGUAAAAUGGAAGCUAGAGGAGCUCAUAGGAAAGCUCCACGCACUCGCAGACAAGGUUGACAAGGUCCACAGGGACUGCACCAUCUCCAACACUGUGGCCAAUUCCACUGGCGCCGUGUCUGGUGUCCUGACCAUACUCGGCCUGGCUUUGGCACCCAUGCCAGCAGGGGCGAGUCUGGCACUCUCGGCCACUGGGUUAGGGCUGGGAGCUGCGGCUGCUGUGACCAGUGUGUCCACCAGCAUCGUGGAACUUGUCAGCACCUUGUCAGCAAAAACCAAAGUCAGUCCCCGGAUGUCAACGGCACUCCUGGAGGUACUUAAGAUCAGCCCCCAAACUGUUAGCACAACCAAGAAAUUCACAGAAGCUGUGCAGCACAUUGAAAUGAAUAUCCGCGCCAUGGAGACGGUCAAAAGCAGCCCUGGCUUAGCAGCCGAUGCAAACGCCUUCAUCAGCAGUGGAAUAAUCUCAGUCCAAAGCAGCCAGCAGCAAGAGGUUACUUUCAAAGGCACGGCUCUGGCAAUGACCAAAGGAGCCCGGAUUGUGGGUGCGGGCACCGCAGGUGUCUUCCUUCUGAUGGAAGUGGCCUUCCUGGUGAAAGAUGCAAAGCACUUGCUUGAGGGGGCAAAGACGGAGUCGGCUGAAAGGCUGAGGCAGCAGGCCCGGGAGCUGGAGAAGAAGUUGGAGGUGCUCACCCGCGUCUAUGAGCGUGUCUUCCUUCUGAUGGAAGUGGCCUUCCUGGUGAAAGAUGCAAAGCACUUGCUUGAGGGGGCAAAGACGGAGUCGGCUGAAAGGCUGAGGCAGCAGGCCCGGGAGCUGGAGAAGAAGUUGGAGGUGCUCACCCGCGUCUAUGAGCGUCUGCAGUAG